AUGAACUUUUGCAAGCUGCUAGAUCAGACCUGCUUGAAGAGAGUCAUGGACGCGCCUAGUGUUCCGACCACAAAUAAGUCCAAAAAUCGCCGCAAAGUGAAAACAGGGUGUCUGACUUGCAAAAAACGUCGAAUAAAAUGUGACGAGGGAAGACCUUCUUGUGAAAGAUGUGUCUCAACAGGUCGUGUGUGUGACGGCUACGGAAUUUGGGACGGUAUUGCCUUAGCCCCGGGCAGCCUAAAAUACAAGCGGGCAAGUGCGCUUUCAAACACCAUUGUACUCUCGCAAUUCCAAGGGGGUUCUAGGAAACCAUAUAGCAUCGGAUUCGAAUACUUUCGCAAAUAUACUGUCACCAAGUUGCCUGGGGUAUUUGAAUCCGGCUUCUGGAGUUCGUUGGUAUUCCAAGCUUCCGUCGAGGAACCUGCCGUUCUACAUGCGGUAACUGCUCUUGGCGCAGCACAUAGGAAUGAGGAGACAAUCAGUUUGGUGGAAUAUAAUCAGGCAAUACGCCACCUUCGUCGACAUCUAAAUCGACUUGACAACCACGCACUCCGAGUAUCGCUGAUAACAUGUAUGGUCUUUGCUUGCCUUGAGCUACUGAAGGGAGGCUUUAAAACUGGUCACGCGCACUUGAGCCACGGUAUGCAACUCCUUCGAGAAAUCCAAACACGCCAGGGGAUCACAUCGUUUGAUGGUCCUAUUAUUUUGCGGAUGCAUCCUCAGUCGGUCGAGGAUGCUUUAGUAGAGGUGUUUUCUCGACUUAACAUCCAGGCAAUGCUUUUCGGCCAAGUAACAGCGCACCUUAUUUUCGUUGGUGAACGCGCACCAGACGGAUCAAAUUACAGUAUUCCCUCGAAAUUUCAAAACCAUACUGAAGCUCGAAAAUAUCUUGAUUCUCUUAUCAACGGUGUCUAUAACCUGACUCAGCAGACCAGAAAUAUCUUUCAUGGUCAUUUGCGGAACCCAGAGCACCUAUAUCGGUGGAAAGAGGGGCUCGACAUCGCCCUGGAACAGUGGCUGCAGACUUACAAUCACAGUCAGAGAGAAUUACUUGCGAAUCUCACGCCAAGAAAAAUGUAUCGUACACCUCUCCUACGUCUGUAUCAUACAAUGGCCACGAUCAUGGUCGCAACCUCUUUGCGAGGCACCGAUGAGAUGAUAUUUGAUUCGCAUAACCUAGAUUUUAGAGCUCUUCUUCGACAAGCUGUCGAGCUAUGGGACAUGAUGCACAACGCAUACUUGGCAUUUAAAAAGCUAAGCGGAUAUGUAAUGCCUGCAAUUUGCUUCACCGCAGAUAUGGGUUUUAUUCCUCCAUUAUACUACACGGUUGUCAAGUGUCGUCAGCCUAGCUUGCGGCGGAUGGCCAUUGAAAUGCUCAUGUCAGCUCCUCAUCGAGAAGGGGCCUGGAGUGGCUCUCUUGUGGCUCGUAUGGCGCAAUAUAUCAUGGCAUUAGAAGAAGGGCGCAUAUAUGAGGACCUUGAUAUCAUGCCCACUUAUCAUAUACAGCAAACUGAGGUGCCUGUUGUGCCCCACUUAUCACGUUUCAACGAUAUUAAUAUUUCACUGCCUGAGCGUGUUGGGGGUAAAGCAACUUUAUUUUUGAGCCGGUAUCAAGGGAUAGGAGGUUGGAUCACGGACAGUCGACAAUUCGAUGUAACGUUGUAUGAUACUGUUUCUUCCCGCAUUUGGGAUUAUGAUGCAACCACUUAUUUUGGCAAAUUGUGGAAUGGAGAGGAUUACAAGAACUAA